CUUUACCUUUUCAGUUGUUACAACAGUUAUAGUAAGCUGAAAUUUUUUUAUUUAUUUUUGCUUUUUCCCUUUUCAACUUCUCUUAUAUAUGCUUUGAAGAAAUAGAAUUAGCUUCUAAAGUUUCGUCGGGUUUACUGAAAUAGGAUAAGAGAUGAGGUCAGCUUGGUUUCUGCUUUUCUACUUUCUGCUUUCAACAACAGCAUCUUCAUUGUCAGAAUUUCAAGAAAAUGAAUCAGCAGAGAAGCUCUCUGGCAUACAUCUAAACAUAUAUCAUACUCGAAGACAUGAUUCCUCUGUCACCUCAAAAUCCCCCUUCGCAAUCCUCACUGAUAUACUAGCAACUGAUGAAGAACGCAUUAAGGUACUUCAUUCCAGGCUAGUAAACAGGAAAACAGGUACUGAAGCCGCCUCCUCCUCUGCCUCCUACAGACAUAGGCAAGGAGUAUUGAAGAAACCCAUAGGCAUCCCAUUGAAUCCAGGUUCCACUAUUGGCUCAGGCAAUUACUAUGUGAAAGUCGGCAUUGGAAGCCCUGUUAAGUACUAUGCCAUGCUUAUGGACACAGGCAGUUCCUUCUCCUGGCUUCAAUGCCAACCUUGUUCCAUAUACUGUUAUUCCCAGAUAGAUCCUCUAUUUGACCCUUCUGCAUCCAAGACCUAUAAAAAAUUGACAUGUUCCACCACUGAGUGUUCCUUAAUCAAGGAUGCAACUCUCAAUGAGCCUUUUUGUCAGGCCAAUUCAAACACUUGUAUAUACACAGCAAGUUAUGGUGAUACAUCUUUCUCUGAGGGCUACUUGAGUCAAGAUUUACUGACCUUAGCUCCAUCUGAAUCUCUGCCCCGUUUUAUAUAUGGGUGUGGACAAGACAACCAAGGUUUGUUCGGAAGAGCAGCCGGAAUUCUAGGUCUAGCUAGAGACAAGCUCUCCAUGCUAGCACAGGUUUCCACCAAAUACGGUUAUGCUUUCUCCUACUGCCUUCCCUCAGCUUUUCCUAUAUCUUCCAGAGGAGGCCAAGGAGGUGUUUUGUCAAUUGGAAACACAUCUUUAUCACCAUCAAUACCUUACAAGUUCACUCCGUUGAUCAAGAAUUCCUUUAACCCAAGCUUAUACUUCCUGAGCUUAACAGCUAUUACAGUGGCAAAUAAGCCACUUGGAGUGGGUGCUGCCAACUAUAAAGUCCCUACAAUCAUAGACUCUGGCACUGUCAUUACUCGCUUGCCUUCGCCUGUCUAUACUGCCUUACAAAAGUCCUUUGUUCAAAUCAUGUCCAAGAAGUAUGCACAGGCACCGGAGUUUUCCAUACUGGAUACUUGUUUCAAGGCAAAUCUCAACAGCGCAUUGGCGGUGCCCGAAAUCAAACUCAUAUUUCAAGGAGGAGCUGACCUUAGUCUUGGGGCUCACAAUAUACUUAUAGAAGCCAAUAAAGGCGUUGUUUGUUUGGCUUUCGCACCUAUCUCGGGAAGCAACCAAAUUGCCAUCAUUGGAAAUCAUCAACAGCAGACUUUUAAGGUAGCCUACGAUAUCUCUAAGUCCAGAAUUGGGUUUGCUCCUGGUGGCUGCCGUUGAUUAUAAACAGUGACUUGUUGGAUCAUGUCUACAGGCAACAUGAAUGAAGAAAGAUGCAGAGUACUUGAUGCGUGCAGUAAGGAAAGUACAAUAAAUUUUAUAUAUAUAUAUAUAUAUAUAUGUCUGUAUGUAUGUACUUAUGAGUGAAAGAUUAGACUAGGAGACUAAUGGAGGAUGGGUCUGCAACCUGCGUGAAUGUCUCUGGCUUGUACUUUUUCUCAACUGUACAUAGCAAAUUAUCAUUGAAUUACUUCUAGUCCAUGAAGAUUCAUGUCUUACUCUAAAAGCAUUGGGCAAUCAAGAUGAAAUUUCUUAUGAA